AUAAAUGUUUGUACGUACCCAUCUAACGGUCUAAGAAGUUUGUGAUACUGAAAGUUGAAACUUAUUUGUUAAAAAAAUAACAAUUACCAUGCAAGUUUGAAUAAGUUCUAGAAACAGUUAACUUUUUUAACAAGAAAAUCAACUAUUACAGAUUUCGGAACAAAAACUUAAAAUUUAUUUUACCUUUAGAAGUGUGGAUCGAACAUGUUAUAAAUUGAUUCAUAAACCGAAUAAUUCUGUUGACAUCAUUUCUGGUACAUUUGGAGGAAUAUAAAUUUCCUCUAGUUUAUAAGUUGGAAAACUUUUAUUUUGGAUUGUAUGCAUUCAACUUCCAUUGUGGCGGUCGGACGGAAAUCGGCAAUGGUGCACUGCGCCGGAUGCGAGCGCCCGAUUUUGGACCGAUUCUUACUUAAUGUUUUGGACAGGGCUUGGCAUGCUAAAUGUGUGCAGUGUUCAGACUGCAAAUCUUCUUUGACUGAUAAAUGUUUUUCAAGAGACGGAAAAUUAUUUUGUCGGAAUGAUUUCUUUAGACGAUAUGGAACGAAAUGUGCCGGAUGUUCACAGGGUAUCUCUCCAAACGACCUCGUGCGUCGUGCCAGAAAUAAAGUAUUUCACCUAAAAUGUUUUACAUGUAUGAUCUGUAGGAAACAGUUGUCAACAGGAGAAGAAUUAUAUAUUAUGGACGAAAACAGAUUUAUCUGCAAGGAAGAUUAUAUUAAUAGUAAACUACAAGGAUCGUCGGAUAUAGAAGACGAAGGUGAUUUAGACAGCGCUUUAGAGCAACAGACCAGUUUGUCUGAUAAAGACUUCAGUAUUGAUGGUGACAACCAAGACUUAGAUUCCAAAGAAAAUAUUAUAUUGAAUAAUCACCAUAACAAUCUUGCAAAUAACAAUAUUACGAACAAUAAUCUGGACGACAAAAGUAUAAUGAACUCUCCUCAAUCCAGUCCGGAACCACUCAAAGAGGACGACACAUCAUUGUUGAAAAUAUCAUCGGACUCUAAUCAUAGUACACAGAGCUGUGAUACGAACGGAAAUUCCAUUCAUCCAAACUCAAAUGUAACUCCGGAUAGUAAUAGGUCAGGAGACGAAGCUAUUGACGGAACAAACGGGAAUUCAACUGCUGGGUCGAAACGUAGAGGACCUAGAACAACAAUAAAAGCUAAACAAUUAGAAACUUUGAAGGCAGCUUUUAAUGCCACGCCUAAACCAACCCGACACAUACGAGAACAAUUGGCACAGGAGACUGGUCUCAACAUGAGGGUCAUACAGGUUUGGUUCCAAAAUAGAAGGUCAAAGGAAAGAAGAAUGAAACAACUAAGUGCUUUGGGAGCUAGACGACAUUUCUUCCGGAAUCCACGACGUAUGAGGGCUUUAAGGGCUGGAAUGUCUCCUAGUGAAUUAGAUGAGGAGAUGAUGGGAGGAGGACCGGGCUUUGGAUAUUUUUCGGAAAAUGGCCAAGAAUAUUACCCGGGUUACCAAGGUUACAACGACUUCUUUCCUGGUCAAGAUGGCGUACCUGGAAAUAUGAACUUCCUGCCACCUACGUCUCAAGGAACCCCUCCUCUAAAUCUAGACCAACCAAUGCAUCAUUCAGGAAACAUGGGCCCAGAAAGCCAUUAUUUGCCAAAUGACAUGGUACAACCGUCAUCACCUGAACCCUUGAACUUACAUGGACACGAUGGGCAUCAUUUUCCUGGUGGUCCACCACGAUCUUUUGGUUCUUUGUCUCAUCAUCCAGAAAUGGCAGGAGAAACGUGGGGAUGACAUAACGAACAUCCAUAUGACCUUCCAUUCCAGUGUUGAGAAAUAUAAAAUAGUGAAACAACAUUUCAACUGGAUCACCGCGAAAUACCUCGGUACUGAGAAACUAUUUGUUGUUAUAAUUUCAUGUGUAUAUGUAAUCUUUAAUUUAUUGACGUUCGAAUGUUCAUUUUUGCCAAUGUUCAUUUUUAUGGUGUUGAAUUUUUUUUAAUGAAUUUGUCCAAUUUGAGUGAUGAAGUUGAUAAAGUCCCGUAUUUGUUUUCCAUAUGAUUUUUUUUUUAUUUCACUCACGUGACAUACGAAAGAGAGUAAAAUCGUGUUAAACAGUGUGCUGUUUCCGGCAUAUUUUUCUACGGAUUAUUAAUUUUGAAACUGUCAUGUUAACAUGUACAUAAAAUAUUAUCAUAUCAUGUUCAUGUUGUUUCAAUCGUUUGUUGAAUGAAAGUUGUAUGGUGUAUACUUCCAGCGAAUCUGUAGAAUGUUGUCACGUGGUACAUGUUGAAUGAAUUAAAAAGUGAAAUAAAGCGAGAUGAAAAAUUGAA